AUACACAUCUCUAUCCGUAGAGAUACGACUUCCUCCAGAAGGAGUUACAUAGCAUCCUCUGUGUAGCGUUCCCCCAUCUACCCCUACUAUCAAUCCUUCAGGUGGAUAAUUCUCAUAUUGGAGCUCGAUGGGUCCUCUUACGCUAGCUACUGACACGAAGAACGCAUCAAUGUCUUCAUCAGAUGUAUCAAAGGGGAAAGCACAAAGGUUGCAGUUGAUUCCGAAAAAGUCUUUUGCAUCAGUCAGCAUAGGGGAAGAAAAGCCAUUUGAUUUCUUGCGAACCUUAUUUGAGGGUUGUAUAGCGGGAGGUACAGCUGGAGUUGUUGUUGAAACAGCUUUAUACCCAAUCGACACGAUAAAGACAAGACUGCAGGCAGCUCAUGGUGGAGGAAAGAUUGUCCUCCAGGGGCUAUAUUCUGGAUUGGCUGGAAAUCUUGUCGGUGUUUUACCGGCUUCUGCCUUGUUUGUUGGCGUCUAUGAACCUGCAAAACAGAAACUGUUGAAGAUACUUCCUGACAAUCUUAGUGCUGUUGCACAUCUGACUGCAGGUGCAAUUGGAGGAGUUGCCGCAUCUCUUGUGCGUGUUCCAACAGAGGUUGUAAAGCAAAGAAUGCAGACUCGUCAAUUUGCUUCAGCUCCUGAUGCUGUCCGACUUAUUGUUUCCAAGGAGGGUUUUAAAGGCCUAUAUGCGGGAUAUGGAUCUUUUCUUCUACGAGAUUUACCUUUUGACGCUAUCCAGUUCUGUAUAUAUGAGCAACUUCGGAUUGGCUAUAAGUUGGCUGCACGUAGAGACCUCAAUGAUCCUGAGAAUGCUGCAAUUGGUGCUUUUGCUGGUGCCCUUACUGGAGCUAUAACGACUCCCCUUGAUGUAAUAAAAACUAGGCUGAUGAUUCAGGGAUCAGCAAACCAGUAUAAAGGGAUAGCUGAUUGUGUUCAGACAAUCUUGAGAGAAGAAGGACCUCCUGCCCUUUUGAAGGGCAUCGGGCCACGAGUGCUGUGGAUAGGGAUUGGAGGUUCGAUCUUUUUUGGUGUCUUGGAGAGAACAAAGCGAAUUCUUGCAGAACGACACCAUCAAGGUUCUGAGGCCCCAAAGCAAGAUUAGUUCUUAUUCUUUGAGCUUUUAUGUACCAGCAGCAGGCAGCAGGUCAGUAAUAAUAUGCAAAAUCUCAUUACUUCCAUACCGAUCUGUAAUAAUUUGCCAUUUUUGUUAUUGUCUGCAAUUUUCUUUAACAGAAUGUAUGUAGGAUUGUUAUUACAAGUCUUCUCUUUUAUCAACACAAAUGCUAAGAUUUGAAACUACAUUUUUAAUUUUCGGAG